AUGUGGAUGUGGAUGUGGAUAUGGAUAUGGAUAUGGAUAUGUUCAAGUGACCAGACGUCGAGCGAAAUUCGAGUUGAACUCGUUCGACAAGAGACGAUAUGUUCUGCCUGCAGGAUAAGCUACUGGUAUCAGUUUGGAUUUACAAGUGGACGGAACAAGGGCGCUGUAGCAGGGAACUGCAAUGGGACCAUCGAGUCAGCUGUGAAGAAACAGAUGAAAGAAACAUACGUCCAUGUGAUUACGAGCCUUGGUGCAAAUGGGACGAACUGUGUCUGUAAGAGAAGAAGGGAAGAGUUUACAUAG